CUCUCGCCGUCUCUGCAUCGGCGCCACGACACGUAGCGGAGAGAGAGAGAGAGAGAUCGGCGACGACGACGACGAUGCUGCGCGCGGCGGGGAAGCGUCUCCUCGGCGUUGGGAUCCGACCGGGGCCCGGCGGUGGAGAGGCGGCGGCGGCGGCGGCCUUCGCCGUGAGAGGGAGGGGGUACCACGAACGGGUGGUGGACCACUACGACAACCCGCGGAACGUGGGGACGUUCGACAAGGACGACCCCGACGUCGGCACGGGGCUCGUCGGCGCGCCGGCGUGCGGCGACGUCAUGAAGCUGCAGAUCCGCGUCGACGAAGGGUCCGGUAGGAUUGUGGACGCCUGCUUCAAGACAUUCGGGUGCGGUUCCGCCAUCGCCUCGUCCUCUGUCGCUAGUGAGUGGGUGAAGGGAAAGCAAAUGGAGGAUGCAACAGCAAUCAAGAACAGUGAGAUAGCGAAACAUCUAUCGCUCCCACCUGUAAAGCUCCACUGCAGCAUGCUCGCUGAGGAUGCAAUCAAGGCUGCGGUGAAGGAUUAUGAAGCGAAGAAAAUGAAGCUGGAUAAAAGGGGCGAGUAGGGAUCCUAGAGAGGAAACAGGGGAUGGUUCAGUAGCAUAGCAUGUACAUAGAAAAGUGCGAUGGUGUUUAUAUGCCACGGAAAUAAACGCAUGAAUCGUUUGUACCUUGUACUAUUAGGCAAAGGAGGCCUCUGGCAGGUGGUGAUCCACACAGACGUCUUAGGCUGUGUGUUUGUGUUCACUCAGGUUCUGUACAUAUAAAAGGUGCUUGAUACUGACGAUACUGGAACUCACAACUAGUCAGGCUGUCAGGACUGCCUUGUUCUACCA